AUGGUUCGUAUCUGUCCCUCCAACGGCGUUACGUUUAUGCUAAUGCCGAUCCAGUCUGCCCAAAACUCGGCGGGCAUCCAAACCCUGCUGGACGCAGAGAAAGAGGCUCAGAAGAUUGUCCAGAAAGAGAAUGUAAGCUUUGACAGCUCUCCGCUGUCUAGCGUAUAUCGGAUCAGUCUAACGCGCCCCUUUUCUUCGCCAGAUCGGACAAAGAGGGUAAAGGACGCCAAAACGGAAGCUCAGAAGGAGAUCGAGGAAUAUAGGAAGAAGAAGGAGGAAGAGUUCAAGAAGUUUGAGGCCGAGCAAUCAAGCGGGAACAAGAAGGCCGAAGACGAUGCCAGCAAGGACGCAGAGGCCAAAGUGAAGGAGAUCGACCAGGCGGGCAAGAAGGCAGGCGCCAAAGUCAUCGAAGACCUAAUCAAAACCGUCAUGUCUCCUCAUCCUGAAGUGCCGGAUAAGAUCUCGCGGGAAGACUAA